GGGUUUCCGAUUUAAAAUCAAGACCAAACACAAGAUAUCCUAAAUGUUCACCUUCCCUUCUAUUGUCUCUCCACAACUGUUACUUCCUUCAUGUUCCUAAAAGAUUCUUGAAAACUGUUAGCAAAUUUCGGGAAUGAAUUUUCUUUCGAAGAAUUGGAUGAUUCCCAUUUGGAUUUUGUCCUCUUUAAUCGUAGUUUUAGAGCCAACUGAAGCAAUCAGGACAUACCCUCCUCUUUCCUCCAUUGCUGAUCCUGUUCUUCCUACCGAGAAAAAGCCUCCAUUUUCUCGCAUACCCACGGACAAUGAAGCUCACUCUCCAGGAGUCUCAGAAAUCAAAGUCGUUCACCAUGAGGAUUUGAACACGACGAUUCUUAUCGCACUCAUCAUCGCUUCAACUCUCCUUGCUGCAAUCUUGCUGUUCUUAUUCUGUUUUUGGAUCUUUAAACAAAAGAAUACAGAACCCCUCAAUAUCAACAAACCCCCAAAAGGCCAAGAUUCUUCAAAAGGGUUAUCAUUGGGUCCAAUCUUGGACAAAUUUACCCCUACAAGAAUCGCAUCCGAUUCAUCUGGGCAUAUUUAUAAAGCUCGAUUCAAUGAUCAUUUUGUUGCAGCUGUGAAAAGACUCCAUGGUAGAGGUCCAGAUACCCAAAGAGGAUUUGAGAAUGCUGUGGAUUGGUUAGGCAAACUGAAGCAUCAAAAUAUCAUCAAUCUUUUGGGUUAUUGCAUUCAUGAUGACAAUAGAUUUUUGGUGUAUGAAAUGAUGCAUCAAGGCUCUUUAGAAUCCCAAUUGCAUGGACCUUCUCAUGGAUCGGCUUUAACAUGGCAUCGUAGAAUGAAAGUUGCACUUGAUAUCGCAAGAGGAUUAGAGUAUCUUCAUGAACGAUGCAACCCACCUGUAAUUCACAGAGAUCUCAAAUCAUCAAACAUUUUGCUAGAUUCCAACUUCAAUGCUAAAAUAUCUGAUUUUGGACUUGCUACCACUGAGUUUCAUGUUAAAAACAAAGUAAAGCUUUCGGGAGCUUCAGGUUAUGUGGCCCCUGAAUAUUUAUCAGAUGGUAAACUCACUGAUAAAAGUGAUGUGUAUGCGUUUGGAGUUAUACUUCUUGAGCUUUUAAUAGGGAAAAGACCUGUGGAGAAAAUGUCACCUUCUUUAUUUCAAUCUAUUGUCACAUGGGCAGUUCCUCAGCUAACAGACAGAUCAAAGCUUCCAAACAUUGUUGACCCUGUGAUUAGAGAUACAAUGGACUUGAAGCAUUUAUAUCAAGUUGCUGCUGUAGCUGUGCUUUGUGUUCAACCUGAACCGACUUGGAGGAUCACUAAGAGCUUAAAAACUAAGAAACACGUGAACAUUGGCUCCUUCUCAUUUAUCAUUUUGGGUAUCUAAUGAUGUUUUUGUGGGUGCUACAAUAGCUGUGUGUUAUGAGGUACGAGAGUACCUUUUGUACACGUGUCAAAAAUCCGAUAUAAAGAUGUGAAGAGAGGGGUCAUACGUCAUAGUAAUAAUUUUUUUGGAACAAGAGAGUACGAUGUACAUGAGUUAACAUUUAAUGUAAUAGAAGACGAGUAGAAGAAGUAGUACAUGGGCUCUUUUGUGUUUUUUCUUUUAUGUACAGGCCAACAAAACAUCCUCAUUAUGCGACUUUUUAGUGGGUUUUUCUUUUGAAUUAAUGGAUUGAAAGCUCCAUGUUAUCACGUUGG